GGAAUAAAGUUUGGAAGAUUAGUAACUUUCCUUAGAGAGAGAUUUUCUGGGUUUUCUAGGGUUUUAUUUUGAUUGAAUUUAAUAAUGGCGGAGUCUACUGGGGUGGAUCGUGGGAUUCAGAGCUUGAUAGCUGCAAGAAAGUCUUUAAAAUUGAGUCUUGAGAAAUCAAAAGCCAUUGGGUUAGCUUUGGGUAAAACUGGGCCUAGGUUUGAGGAGAUUGAGCAGAGAUUGCCGUUGCUUGAAGCUGCGGUGAGGCCGAUACGUGCUGAUGGAGAAGCUCUUAAGGAUGUUGGUGGUAACAUUAACCGAGCUGUUGGUCCUGCAGCCGCUGUGCUUAAGGUGUUUGAUGCUGUUCAUGGACUUGAGAAGUCUUUGUUAUCAGAUCCCAAGAACGAUCUUUCGAGUUAUUUAUCGGUAUUGAAGCGGUUAGAGGAAGCUUUGAAGUUUCUAGGGGAGAAUUGUGGGUUAGCUAUCCAGUGGUUGGAAGAUAUAGUUGAGUAUCUUGAUGAUCACCAUGUUGCUGAUGAGAAGUAUCUUUCGAAUUUGAAGAAAUCUUUGAGAGGGCUUAGUGAAUUUCAUAAUGACGGUGGAGGAGUAGAAGAGAAAGAGAGAUCUCAAUUGCGUCUUGAUGGCGGACUUAGGAAUGCUGCUUUAGAUAAGCUGGAAAACGAGUUCAGGAGGCUCUUGAAGGAUAACAGUGUACCACUUCCAAUGGCGUCUCCAUCAUCCCUCGGUGAUCAGGCUUGCAUUGCACCGUCUCAGUUGCCUGUAACUGUAAUUCAUAAACUGCAAGCCAUUCUUGGGAGACUCAGAGCUAAUAACAGACUCGACAAGUGCAUUUCAAUAUACGUUGAAGUGAGGAGCUCGAAUGUUAGAGCUAGUCUUCAAGCACUUGACUUAGAUUAUCUAGAUAUCUCGGUUUCUGAGUUCAACGAUGUGCAGAGCAUAGAAGGGUAUAUAGCUCAGUGGGGGAAUCAUUUAGAGUUUGCGGUUAAGCAUCUGUUUGAAGCAGAGUUCAAGCUUUGCAACGAUGUUUUUGAGAGACUCGGUUUGAAUGUUUGGAUGGAUUGCUUUUCUAAGAUUGCUGCUCAGGCCGGUAUGCUCGCGUUCCUUCAGUUUGGAAAAACUGUGACUGAUAGCAAGAAAGAUCCAAUCAAGCUUCUGAAGCUGUUAGAUAUUUUUACUUCAUUGAACAAACUGAGAGCAGAUUUCAACCGCCUCUUUGGUGGAGCAGCUUGUAUCGAAAUCCAAAACUUCACAAGGGAUCUCAUCAAAAGGAUAAUCGAUGGUGCAGCAGAAAUCUUCUGGGAGCUUCUGGUUCAGGUUGAGAUUCAGAAACAAACCCCGCCUCCUAGCGAUGGUGGUGUUCCUAGAUUAGUCAGUUUUGUAACUGAUUACUGCAAUAAACUUAUUGGAGAUAAGUACAAGUCAACUCUAACUCAGGUUCUGCUCAUACAUAAGAGCUGGAGAUCAGAAAGGUUCCAAGAUAAUCAGCUUAUGGUUGAGGUUUUAAGAAUAAUCAAAGCCAUUGAGCAGAAUCUGGAUGUAUGGAUGAAAGCGUAUCCGGAUCAAACGCUCGCUCAUUUCUUCGGUAUGAAUAAUCACUGGCAUUUAUACAAGAACUUAAAGGGUACAAAAAUUGGGGAUCAUUUAGGAGAUUCCUGGCUGAAAGAACAUGAACAGUACAAAGAGUAUUACGCCACUGUCUUCCUUAGAGACAGUUGGGGUAAGCUUCCAAGCCACUUGAGCCGAGAAGGACUAAUUCUUUUCUCAGGUGGACAUGCCACGGCUCGUGAUCUUGUCAAGAAGAGAUUGAAAGCAUUCAAUGAUGCGUUUGAUGAGAUGUAUAAGAAGCAAGCAUCAUGGGUCUUACCAGAAAAAGAUUUGAGGGAUAGAGUUUGCCAGCAGAUUGUUCAGGCUAUUGUGCCGGUUUACAGAAGCUAUAUGCAAAAUUAUGGGCCAUUGGUUGAGAAAGACGCGAGUUCAAGCAAGUAUGUGAGAUACACAGUGGUAGCUUUGGAGAAGAUACUCAGUUCUCUUUACAUGCCUAAGCCUAUGAGAUAUGGAAGCUUCAAAGGAACACCGCCGAGUGAGAAACUCAAGAAUGAUGUUGACCUUAGGCGUACUACUUCCGCAGUCGUCUGAUUGAAGCCAUGUUCUGUUCUCGAAUGUUGUAUUAAAAUGUGUCCACAUUGGUCUGAUCUCCAUCUCCUGGAAGCAGAGGUAUUGUUAUACGUAUAUAAAUACUGUCAAUCAGG